AUGCCUUCUAUCGUGGAGAAAUUGAUCGACAAGGCGCUCGCGGGGCAGAAGAAGUCAGGUCAGACCGGAAUGCCGCUUUCCCAAAUUGACAUCACUGGCUGCGAAGACUGCACCCUUGUGUCGAGCGUCUUCGUGUCGGAAAUCCCCCACCCAUCGCUUGAGCGAGUGUUCGCGGCUGCGAUGGCGCAUUUCGACUCGAUCCCGGCUUGGAUGAAGCACCACUUUGCCAUUGAGGCCAGAGUGAAAAGGCUGAACAGCGAUGACUCGCCAGAGGCGUAUUCACAGUUAACCCCUUGGGUCCCGGGAUUUAGGCACCGAAACACGUAA